AUGGAUUGCUAUGACAUGGCGGCCACCGUUUGGUUGCAGCAUGCGCUGUUUGGCGCCGCCUAUGCGCGUCAAAAGGCCGAUGCCAACGCACGCUUGUGUGAGCAGGCCCGGGAAGGCCGCCUCAACGACUCGCACCCUUCGGAUCAAUUUCAAAUCCGACCCUCGCUAUCCAGUGACAUCACGCAUGCCAGCUCAACACCGUCGCCCAAGCGCGUGCGUCGAGCCGCUGGUGGUCUGGCCGAAGGGCCAGCCCCGCCCAACUGGGGCGCUCUUGCGCUUGAGCAACAGCUCCUAGCCAAUCGCCUCAUGCAACAUCGCGUGGCUCACCCCACCGUCACACCGUCCCUGAAUCUGGCUUUUCUUGAGCCCGAGCUGAGCGCCCCCGAGGAAGAAACACUGAUGCACGCCCUCGUCCAACAUGGUCAUGAAGCCGAGGCGCGCCAGCUCACCUCCCGCCUGCGCGCACUUCGCCACAUGCGCGUGUUGCGAACAGAGCAGCGAGCCGCAUAUGCAGCGUUGCAGCGUGCCCAGCUGUUGCCGACGACCUCAACGUCUAAUUACCGACCUGGCCUCGAGGCCUCGCCAUCCUCACCUGCCCCUCUUCUUGCUCGACUCUUGAAGGCCCGUGUCAAGGCCUUAGCACCCAGCUCUACAGAUCAGGCGACCAACGCCGCUUGCGCAAGUGUCUUACGCGACUUGGCACAGCAGUGGCUAGCAAUUCUCGACCUGCCUUCAUCUUCCACGGAUACCAGCCCACCAACACCUCCCAGCAAAGUCACGUACGCUUUGAGCUUCUUGUCCAUCUUGCACCAUACGAGCGGCUCAAACUCACGAAUUAUACCUUCACACAGGGGUCAAUUUGCUCUGGGUGACGUGGUGUGUCAUGGUGAAACGCGCAGUCACGGCCUAAUGGAGGAGCAAGGGGGGAAAAGGGCCGAGGCGGAGGCGGAGCAGCCCGGGGAUGCAGUCGGCCCAGCUUUUGGGCAAGCCGUGCAUACGGAACGCGAGAGUCGAGCCAUAGCCUCAUUGCUGCGCACCCUGAUGAAAGCAUAUCGGAAUUUGACUUGCGAUGCUCUUGAUUCACAUGACGCCUGA